AUGACAAAGUAUGCAGCAGACAUCUCAUCUCUGGUUGAGGAGUUUCAGCAGCGCUUUCGGGACUUUGCAGCUAUUGAAAAGGAGAUCACGCUUUUUUCCUCUCCUUUCUCCGUGGACCCUGAUGACGCUCCAGACCACCUGCAACUGGAGCUCAUUGAGCUGCAGUGUGACGCCGAGCAUCGCAGUCGGCACCAACAGCUCCCUCUUGUCAACUUCUACCGCCAGCUGGAUGAAGGCAGGUUCCAAGCAAUUCGGACAUUUGCUAAGAAAAUGCUGAGCUUGUUUGGCUCCACAUACAUGUGCGAGAAGACAUUCUCCGUUAUGAACAUUAACAAGAGCCGCAUGAGGACGAGACUGAGUGACUCUCACCUGCGUGACGUCUUGCGCAUCAAAACCACUGCUCUUGAGCCAGACAUGGACUACAUAUACUGCAGUCAAGAUCCCAGUAUCACCCUUCACAUUAGUGCAGGACAGAGACAACCUGGCAACUUAAGGAACCCGCUGUGGCCACACAUGAUGAUCCUGCAGAGGAAUGAACAUCUAGAGUAUGAGACUGUAAAGUGCUGAGCGUGUGACUGGUGGAACGAAACAGGGUAUGUGGUGCAAGAAUGGAAUGUUUUAGAACAGACGGUGCUAACUGCAAGGAGGAUGCGGAGAGAGAGGACUCAGAGGCAGUUGGUGGAAAAACUACUGUCAGGAAACCACCACCAGGAGGAGCCAGCACGCGAGUCUGCAGGGGAGGAGUCGGGCGAACAUCCUGCGGGCCAAAGGAGACCAAUGAGAGAGCGCCAAGGAUACGUGAAGGAGACACAGAACCAAUAGUGAAUCAGUAGAUUGUACUUUAAAAUUGUUCUGGGAAACUCGGAUGUAGGGUACGUCUGCUGGUGGCAACAGAGACGUACAGGGUUGUAAUGAGAGGGACCCGAGACCCAGGUGUGUGUUGAAGGAAUAAAUCCACUCGUGUGUGAAAAUGCCGGCUUCCUGAUACCUUUCUAAUGCAGAACGAGCGCGCAUAUUGUUGGAUGAGUGGCAGUUGGCAAAACAGUUAAGUGAGGAGUUAGGGCGAGAUAAACCAAUAUCAAAGAUGUAUACAUGACAAAUACACAUUCAGAGAACAACAAGGCCAAAAAGCCCAGAAGGAAACCAAAGCCACAAGGACAUGGCAAGUCACACAAAGAGAAUACCACUUAUUUAUGCCGUAACAAGGUUCCAGAUCUUUGGAGACAACAAAAACAACCUUGGUCUCCUGCUGAAGUUGCUGCUGUCAUGAGACAUUUUCAAGGGUUGACCAGCAACAAAAUUGCAGUGUGAUCAGUGUAAGACUGCUGAGCAUCCUACUUUAGCAAAUCGCACGACACAGAACAUCAGAGACUUUGUCAGGAAUUGUGGCAUUUCUUUAAAAAAUGAAAUGCAACAACUGAACAUGUCAUUUUUGUUAGGAGGUUCAAGAGUUCAUGAACAUUUCAAGUUUGUAAGUGCGUCAGGAAGGGCAUCCGGCGUAAAAAUUGUGCCAAACAUAUGUGCGUUCAUCUGAGAUGACACGCUGUGGCGACCCCGAAAGGGACAAGCCGAAAGAAACUUACUUUU